GUCGCUCCGUGAGUCAAGUUGGGAAACAGUUGCGCAAAGUUGAGGAGCAACAAUCACAUUUUGCCUCCAAGGAUCGACACUUUACGCCUUUUUUUGGACUUUUUUGUCAUUAAAAAAAAAAGGAUUUUUCACGUCAAAGUGCGCACAGCAGGCUUUGCUGUCACUGCAGUCUUUGGGCUCAGUGCGCUUGGAUUCGGACUUUCCGCUUUUUUUUUUCUUCUUUCAAGCUGUCCUGCAACUUAUUUCGCAUGAAUCUCCUCGAUCCGUACCUGAAGAUGACAGAAGAACAGGACAAGUGUCUCUCCGACGCGCCCAGUCCCAGUAUGUCCGAAGACUCCGCCGGCUCGCCGUGCCCGUCCGGCUCCGGUUCGGACACGGAGAACACCAGACCCUCCGACAACCACCUCCUGCACGGCGCAGACUAUAAGAAAGAAGGGGACGAGGAGGAGAAGUUCCCGGUGUGCAUCCGCGACGCCGUGUCCCAGGUGCUCAAAGGCUACGAUUGGACUCUGGUGCCUAUGCCGGUGCGCGUCAACGGUUCUAGCAAGAGCAAACCGCACGUCAAGAGACCCAUGAACGCAUUCAUGGUGUGGGCUCAGGCUGCACGUCGGAAGCUGGCGGAUCAGUACCCGCACCUGCACAACGCCGAGCUCAGCAAAACUUUGGGGAAACUUUGGAGGCUGCUCAACGAGUCCGAGAAGCGUCCCUUCGUGGAGGAAGCCGAGCGCCUAAGGGUGCAGCACAAGAAAGAUCACCCGGACUACAAGUACCAGCCCAGGCGGAGAAAGUCCGUCAAGAACGGGCAGAUUGAGCCUGAAGACGGGGAGCAGACUCACAUCUCUCCUAAUGCCAUCUUCAAGGCGCUGCAGCAGGCAGACUCUCCUGCCUCCAGCAUGGGCGAGAUGCACUCGCCGGGAGAGCAUUCAGGUCAGUCCCAGGGCCCGCCGACACCCCCGACCACCCCCAAGACGGACCUACCCACCGCUAAGUCCGACCUGAAGCGCGAGGGCCGCCCCGCUCAGGAGGGCCCCAGCCGCCAACUCAACAUUGACUUUGGCGCCGUGGACAUCGGCGAGCUGAGCAGUGAGGUCAUUUCCAACAUGGGUAGCUUUGACGUGGACGAAUUCGACCAAUACCUGCCACCGCACAGUCACGCCGCCGCCACCCAAGGGGGCUACGCCGCAGCCGGUCAGGGCGGCUACGGCUCCGUCGGCCAGGGUGGCAACAUGGGGGCCUGGUUGUCCAAACAGCAGCACUCGCUGAGCAACUUGGGUCAACAAGAGAGUCAACAACGAGGGUCCGCUCAGAUCAAAACAGAGCAGCUGAGUCCGAGUCACUACAGCGAGCAGCAAGGCUCCCCCCAGCACGUUGCCUACGGCUCCUUCAGCUUGCAGCACUACAGCGCCUCCUCCUACCCCCCCAUCUCCCGAGCGCAGUAUGACUAUCCCGACCAGCAGGGCGGCGCUUCGUACUACACUUCCGGACAGGGUUCCGGCCUCUACUCCACCUUUAGCUACAUGAGCUCCAGCCAGAGGCCCAUGUACACCCCCAUCGCCGACACCGCAGGGGUCCCAUCCGUGCCUCAGACCCAAAGUCCUCAGCACUGGGAGCAGCAGCCGAUUUACACCCAACUCUCCCGGCCAUGAGGAAUCUUCUCCAAUGCCACAUUGACUCUUCCCUAGAUGUUAUCUCUCUGGAUUGGCUCCCGACAGUGCCUUUUUGUGAUUAUAUUUUUUUAGAUAUAAUACUUUGGAAAAACAACAUAAAUCCUCUGUGAGGACAUAGUGGUUAUAAAUAUUUUAGUAUGUACUGUGUAUGUGUUCUGCUCUUCAGCUGUGUCAUCUGUUGGUAAAGGAGUGGGAACGCCGAGUUAAAAAAAACAAACAAACAAAAAAAAAAAACAAAGCACCCUCCGUGGCCUUAUGUGUCGCCAUUUUUGUACAGGAAGUGACUGAGAGUUUUUUUUCUACUGUAAAUUGUUAGGACUGAGAGCGCCGCGCAGGCUAGAUUCCCUAGAAUCCACCUCACUGUGCUUGACUGUGUUUUGCGACGCUAGCUUCCGUCCGCCUCGAUGCCACUGGUGCCUGCGGAGCCGCAAAGCAGGAGGCUCCGCCCACUCGCAGUCCCACUUCCUGCUUCAGGAAGUCACCUCCUGACCUCCUCAGCAGCCAGCAGGUCUGAGCCCUGGCACGCGUCUGUCCUCCCUAACCUCUCUUAAUUUAUUCUUUAGCAUUAACUUUAUUGGAAAUUAACUAUUUGCAAAGAUCAAUUCAGCAAUGACGCUUAUCAGUGGAAUAGAUUGCUGCAGUACAGAUUUAUUUAUCGUUUUGUAAAUGUUAUCAUUUAGUUGUGUACAGAUGAUUCCAGUUUUUCUUUUUUUUCUCUCUUACAAACGGAAGCUGCGUAGUGUAGCACUGGUUUGCCUUUUAUGGGGGAGG